ACCCUAAUCCCGCCCCCAAAGUCCCACGUGAAACGGCCAGGCGAGAGAUGAUGAAUCAGAUGACGCUCUCUUCCAUCGUGGUGCGCCCGGUAAUCGUGGCUGCACGCGGCCCCUCGCGGCUUCCGCCCACGCUCCAUCUACGGAGGUGCACCGGAGGGCCGCCGCAGUACCGGCUGACAUCCAAUCUCCCCAAUACGGCCGCGCCCCCUUGCGCCUGCGCCACGGCAAUAGCGUCCCCAUGGCUCGACCACGACGACGUCACUGAGAUUUCCAUCUACGAGGUGAUCGCGUGGUCUGCAGAAGAAGCCAUGGAACUCAUCAAGAAGAUUCCUCCUCCCGCGGCGGCGCACGACGUGGGCACGCUGCCUCCACCGUCCCUCCCGGCACCGGCACACGACGUGGGUAAGCUGCUCCGCAAGUACGAGCGGCUGCUCCACCGCGCGGAGGCGCGGUCCAUCGACAUGUUCGCCGGCAGCAAGAGGCUGGUGCGGUGCCAUCUCAUGGCGUGGGAGGCCUACGAGGCGAUGCGGCCGGCGCUCCUCGGCGUCGGCCACAUGACAGCCGGGGAGGCGCUCUGCGAAUGCAUCCGCAGGGGCGACGUCAACGAUGGCAGCCGCGACAUCGAGCCGAGGCUGCUCGCCGCGUUUGGGGUCAGGCCGGAGAGCCUGCCGGCGGACCUUAUGGAGAGGCACUUCGUCGCCGGCGCCAUGUACGCGGCGAUGGAGACACGGAGCUGCGCGUGGAGGCGGGCCAGGCGGCUGAAGAGAGUGGAGAGGCGCAACCGGCGGCGAGAGGAGGGCGACGAGGAGAGGAGGAAGCGGGAGGAGGAGGAGGAGGAGGAGGAAGAGGCGCUGGAGGGGGACCGCAGGCGCCUGAGAGAGACGCCUAGUCUGGCGUGAUUCUCGUGACGGCAUCGAAACACGGUCUAAUUUAUUUUGAAUUAAUUUAGGAGGAUUUUCAUAGCAACUGAAGGAUUUUCGUAGCGAUUGAGGUAACUCCUAUGAAAUUUACUUUACGGUGUUUCAAAAUAGCACUUAGCUAGCCUGACAAACUGGAGGAUACAAAACUUUCACAGUCCACUUCUAUAUGUAUCUUCAGUUCAUCUUGUCAGCCCUGUUUUCAGUGGGAAGAGAAACAGUUAUCAUUUGCCAUUGUUAUGCCCAGUCUAUGAGAGAGAGUAAUUUGUAUUCUCUUUCAAUAUAAGCUUGUGAUUGAUCCUGCCAAAACGUGUGAAUUUGUGUGCAUACAACCAUAUUAAGGCACAUGUGAAAAUAUAUAUUACACAUACACUUGCUUAUACGGAGGCUAGGUUGGACUAGAAUGAAUAAACCGCUAACAAGAUAGAUCAGAGGGACGCAUGCCUCGUCAGGAAUCGCAGCAGCUUUUGUCAAAUAGGGAAGAACAGAACCAGGAACCCUCGGCCGUCGUCGAGGGGAGAACAUCGCCAGAAGUGGUCCGCCGAGGCCCGACGCCAGAUCCGCCAAGGGGAGAGCGCCGCCGCGUCGGAUCCGCGCCACCCUGAGCUUCACUGGCGCCGCUGUGUCGCAUCCGCUUCGUCUCGAGCUCCCCAGGCCACGCCGCCUCAGAUGUGCGCCGCCCGAUCUCCGCCGUCGAGCUCAGCUCAGAUGUGCGCCGCCCGAUCUCUGCCAUCAAGCUCCGAAGCCGACCCCCGUCGCCAAGCUGAGCCGCCAAGAUCCGGCACCGGCGUGAAGAGGAGGAAGGUGGGAGGCGACCAUGGCGGCGUGAGUCGUGAUGGGGAAGAUGAUGGGGGAUGGUGGUGUUUGGUGUUUAGGAACAACUUAUAUUUCUCUUCUGAUUUUUAGUAGGUACAAUGUUAAAUUUUGGACUUAUACGUAGACCGAGAAAAUUUAAAUAUUACAUCAAAAAUUAGUAGGGGUUAGUAUAUAAAACUAAAGAUACACAUAAGCUACUCUGCACUUUCAAAGAGAGAAGUGGUCUCAGGUCUCAGGCCAUGUGGCACAUCCUCUCUCCACUAGAACCACUUGAUGAGGGUGUGUGCAUUGUUUUUAUGUCCUUACGCUAACCACCCAGGCCCUGACCCGGU